GCGGCGUGUGUCUUGCUGGAUUCUGCAGUCGCCACUGUAACAUCAUUCACGUUAAUGAAUGUUGAUGAUCACUGCAAGACCAGUCACGCCAAAGCUCCUCGUGUUAAACAUAAUGUGAUCGCACUGAGUGAAGCAUUCGAUUACUGGCACUGGGCAUGGUCAGCGCAUAAUUAGAAGGGACGUUCUGAAGCAAGUAUAGCGGACCUGCUACACGCACACACACACACUCACACACACGCACGACCGUAGGAGACAGAAGACAACCCUAUGUGCUUCACUCAUAUUGCCACUGAGUAGACCACUUGUAGAGAAAAGCAUACGUCUUUUCUGUUAUUAACAGGUUAUCUUGAAAAGUAUCGUUUAGUUUUGCAGUAUAUUUUAAUUCAAUUUAAAAACUGACACUGUGGACUGGACGAACAAAACUGAGUACGCGCCUUCCUUGGACUAAAAGGAGAAGAUAGGAGUAUUUUGGAUAUAAAGCAGCGGUACAGUGGUGUUUAAUUGGCGCUCUGGAAUAAUGGAUUCGUAAAUAAUAAUAAUAAUAAUAAUAAUAAUAAUAAUAAUAAUAAUAAUAAUAAUAAUAGACAGUGUUAGGUGAUGGGAAACUUCUUCAGACAUUUCCCGGGAUUGGAUCAGUGUUCUCUCAACAGCUUUAUCAUGAUCUUUUGGGGAUGUGUGCUUCAUGUAUUGAUUUCUGGCAGCCUGCAGGCGGGUCACAACGGGUUCCAUCACGACUGCGUGGAGGCAGAGCGGCUCUGUGUGUCUGAUCGCAUGUGCAACAGCAGUUACCGGGUGCUGGAGUACUGCGCGGCUGAGGAGGCAGUCUCUCCCCUCGGCCCGGAGGCCAGGAAGGAGUGCCUGACUGCCGAAGCCGCUCUGGCCCAAAGCCCCCUGCUCCGUUGUAAAUGUCACCGUGGAAACAGGAGGGAGGAGCACUGCCUCACAGUGUACUGGACAGUUCGCUUCUCAAACAGUUAUUAUGAGUUGGAGUCCUCUCCCUAUGAAGAUCUAGAAACAGACCAGAUGUGGGCCAUUCAGAACUCCAGACUAGCAGCAAUUGUUUCAGGCUCCAGUAUUGUGACGGAAUGGGAUAACCCGUGUCUGGAGGCUGCACAGGCCUGCGGUCUGUAUGAGAAGUGUGGAAACCUGCGCUCUGAGUACGUGCUGGCCUGCACCAAGCGGGUCAGCGGCACUGACACCUGCAACCGGCAGAAAUGUCACAAAGCUCUCCGGCGCUUCCUGGACCGCGUGCCCGAGGAGUACAGCUUUGCCGUUCUCUUCUGCCAGUGCAGCAACGCCCUGUGUGGAGAGCGCCGCCGCAUGGCCAUCGUGCCCUCCUGCUCCUUCGAGGAGAAGGAGAAACCCAACUGUCUCUACCUGCAGCAGAUCUGCUUGAAGGACGAGCUGUGCAAGUCCAGGCUGGCUGAUUUUCAUUCCAAAUGUCAGCCGUCCCCAAUCUCCACAACAGGCUGCCUGAGAGAGAACGGAGCCGCCUGUCUCAAGUCUUACUCAGGACUGAUCGGAACCAUCAUGACCCCAAACUACCAGAGCAACAGCAGCUCUGAGGUGUCUCAGUGGUGCUCCUGUGAGGGGAGUGGCAACAAGCAGCAGGAGUGUGACAAGAUCCUUACGAUGUUCACCCAGAACAUCUGCCUUGUGAAUUCCAUUGGUGCGCUGACCAGCACAGCUCAAUACGCACUUGAGGGCACCCAGCCCUCGGUGAGACCCUCUCAGCACUACCAGCACGAUGAUGGCAACGCUAUAGUCGAGAUAGGAAAGGUAGACAAGAGGGAAGGCAACCAGGGAAGCUUUGAAGGAAUUCAGCUUAUUUCGGAGAAAGCCACGGUGUCUAACGUCCAGUCAGGAGCGGGGCAGCUGUGGCUGUCAGGAACGCUGGUUCUUUGCACUUUGCUGCUCCAGGGAGCUCUCCUGCUCCUGUGGCUGUGAAGAGGAGGAGCCAGAAAAUGGACCCAACCCUUACAAAUAAGAACAUUCUGCACUGUUCAGAAUUGGGGAAUUCUUCUCCCAGCCCCUCCCCCCUUCCUGCCUUCCUCCUCCAACCACAUUGGCACAGCAACACUUUAAAAUAAUGGUUGCAAAUCCACAGGAAUGCUAUUGGAUUAGCUUUUACGCCAAUGGCAAUCCAUUGAAAUCAAUGCAAUUGUGUGGCCUUUGUUUUAUCACAUGGCUCCAACAAAAAAAUCAACCAAAAUAAAUGUAAUUUCACAAAUAAACCUGAUCUACAGUGUGGAGUAUGGCCCACUGUGUUGUAAUCAUGGUAGAAAUGGUUAUGUGUGUUGUUUUAUAUUUUUUUCAGGGGGUCCCCUUAGAAGUUUAAAAAAUAAGAAAGUAAAAACAGUAACCGUUGCAGAACAGAACAGAGCCGGCAGUCUUUGUGAGCUGCUUGCUGGAGCCAUCGGAAGGUUAAAAAGCAGAUCAAUUGUGAGGCUGUCAAACAUCAUCAUAAUGGGUUUCUUCCUGGUGAUAUCAGACGCUGUUAAAGGGGGGGAUAGAGCAGAUGUAAGAGACUGGUUUCCAAGAUGAAUGAUGGGUUACUUUGAAUGCUCCCUGCCUCCUGGAAGAGCUACCAUUAUAUUUCAUUUGCUUACAUCAUAUUAAACUAAAGGACAGCUUGCAGCUGCUGAAUUUGUGUUUCAAGGCAGAAUUUAGUUGUGUGAUUAUUUCCUCAACAUUCUGACAGAAUGUUUUACACAUGUUCAGACCUUUACCAUUUUGAUUCUCCGUACUGUUUUUGUUGUUAAAAUGACCUCUUGUCAAUGACUACCAGGGGCUAUAUAAUCAUGCAGCAUCCUCCUGCCAGUAAAUACAUUGAAGUGCUGUGCAUUUACUGCCCCUUGUGUUAAAAGAAGGAUGGUUGUUGCAGCUAUGCCUUUCAUCCUUACCCGAUUAAACGGUUUAGCCAAACAAAUUCAGCAGUGCAAUGAGUUUCUUUACAGUUUUGCUUGUGAUCAGCAGCAAAUCAGAGAGGUGUUUUUCCUGCAAUAUAAUACAUAGCAGUAUAUGUACUCAAUGUAUCCGCCCCCCUACUUUCCCAUUGCAGUUCCCCUACAGAUUAUUGCAGAAGCACAUGCCAGCUGUUCAUACUGAUAUUGCUAAACAGGUGAUGUAUGGUCCUGCAGGUACUGUACCCAUAUUCUCUAAUGAAGCAAAUCAAUGUGUUUGUGUAAGAGAAUGAGGUUUCGGAAUGUGCUGAACUAAAAGGUAUUGCGUAGGGUGCUGAAGAAAUGAUGCAUUAAAUUAAUGCACAAGUGUAUUGAGACUGGUUAGAAAGACUUUUAUGGAAAUGGAUAGUGUUGUUUUUAGGGUUUAAAAAGAAAGUUGCAUGCACAAGCUUGUGAAGUCCCCACUUCUGCAUUUCUUGCAAUUGUGCUUUGGGCCUGUAAAUUUGUAAUCUAAUUUAAACUGUAUCCGCGACACCUUUCCAAACUCUAUGUUGUACUCAGACAAUUGCUGUAUUUUUGUAAAUAUACCGCAUAUAUCCCGCUAACAUUUUAAUGUAACAAUAAGCUCAAUUUGGAACAGGCUAAUGAAAAGGAGUAUUUUGCUCUUUUAGUUUCUCUUUGUUGUUAAGUACUUGCAUUUAGAUUGUGUCUGUUUUGUUUUAUCAGCGUAGGAAAUAACACCAUCAAUAAAAAUAAACGACAUUUCUUUA